AUGACCGACAAUCCUGAGCCCAAGGGCAAAGGCAUUAGCUCGCGCUUUUCGAACAUUUUGCGUCGUUCUACUCGCUCUACUUCUGAUUUGACUGGCAUACACGAACACGAUAUCGCAUCUGAAUACCCGACUGUUAGAAAAGUUAUCAAAAAACCCAAAAACAACGACUCUAAUGACUCCAUAUCUAUUUACGCCUCCGAUGACUCUGACAAAAAACCCAGAAAAAUAGCCAACGUUCCCAACCGUAAGCCUGCAUACAAAAAUCCAUUCUCUGCCAUCCCUAGUGGAGGCACACAAGAGGCAGUCGCUAGCGCGCUAGCCGUAACUGACCGCAUUUCGGACUACACCCUUAGCCCACCCCCCACAGUUCCUCUCGUCGCAAGCCCGCCGAGAAGCCCUGUCGUCGCAAACGCCGGCAUCACACUGGUCAUCAGCUCCUCACAAGAGUCCGAACAGGUUAGAGAUGCCGGCGCGGCGCUGGCGCAACUCACGGAAUAUACGUUGGACGAUGAACCCAUCCAUAGCCCCCCCAGGAUCGCACCUGUUGAAAUGGAGGACGUACCCAGGCCAGGAUCCACUACCCCCACCCGAAACCGCACGAGACCCACCGAAAGACAAGUCACCCCCAUGGAAGACUGGGUCUUCAGCAGUCAAGAACUACACUGGUUCAAACGCCUCGAGGCUGGAGGCUACCCCGACAACGAAGCCCUCGAGCGCUGCAUCAAAUACUAUACCAUCACCAACCAAGCCAUCGCCAACAUUAUCGAGAAUAGGCAACUAUACGACAAUACCGACGAAGAAACGAGCAGCACCAAUACAUUCAUUCAAAAAAUCGAAAAACUCGGCAACCAAAUCUCUUCAAUCGCCGAAAACGCGCUGUACAACGGCACGGAAGCAGGACCAAGUCGUCCAGAAUCACCGAUGAAGCAAGACGAAGAGGAAGACACAUACAUGGGCGAACCCGAACCCGGCCCGAACCAACCCAACCCCCUCACCACUGAAAUCUGCUGGGGAACCGACGCUAAACCAGGCGAGUGGGGAGGUUACACCAACCCAUCAGCACCAACACACCCAGCCACUGCCGAUCCCACCCAAUCCAUGCUCCAGGCGAUUUUAACCAAGAUGGGGCAGCUCGACGACAUCAAGUCCCGACUAGACAAGCUCGAAGGCAAAUCGCCGCAGGUACACACUGCACAAACGAGCACGUCUAGAAACAAACACACACCCAACUCAAGUCCCGCCCCAACCGCCAACCCUUCACAAUCGCGCCCUAGCUUUGCCAAUGUCGCGGCGAAGGCGCCAGCCAAAGCCCCGGAGGUCAAAGCCUCUAACAUUGCCGCUGCCAUCAAGAGGGACAUCGCCAAACCGGCGCCCGCACAGAGCGACGACAAGAAUUUUGUUGUUCGUUUCAAAACUCUACCCGUCACCCAACCUAACCCCGAAAGCAUAUUCGUGGCCAUGCGGGAAUGCCUUGAUGCCGCAAACCGCAACCUCGGCAAGGGCAGACUCACCAGAGUCCGGUGGUCACUAAAGGCAAGCCUCCACCUUUCCUUCUCUAAUAAUGUCUCCGUCACGGCGAUUGAAAACGCCAUCCCACUGCUCAUGGAUCGUCUACGACUCCCUGAGUACGAGUUCGGACCUGAGGUCCCGUGGAGCAGACUAGUCGUCACAAACGUCCCCACCGGGAUGGGCGGCUCUCUGCAACGCAUGCGCAACCGCGAGGAGCUAACACAGCUCCUCAACGAAGCCUUCCCUGACUCCGCCAAAUUUGGCUCAGUCAAACUUACCCUCGCACCCGACUGGCUAGCAGACCCCGCGCGAUUACAAGCCGAGGGACGCAAUGCCUCUACUGUCUCGUUUGCCUUCGAAGACGCAGGAGAAGAUGCGAAAUCAAGAAGUUUAACCCCAAACCUCUACUCCAAACCUGCUCAAAAUGCGUCCGAUACGGACAUACCGAGCGUCAAUGUCGCACCAAAAAACCCCGAUGCCACAAAUGCGGACGCAACAACCACACAACCGACGAACACAACGCAGAAAACUGCCCACGAUGCAUCCGAGAGGGUAAAGGCAACCCGUGCGAAUGCGUAUACUGCACCUCAUGCAGUCUUCACGGACACCGCUUCAAUACCCCCGAAUGCCCUAAGAUGUCCGAGUUCCGUCGCCCCAUCACGCAAGUAA